UUCCGAGCGCUGUCUGUCAGUAAGGAAGCGAGUCACCCCGUCCUUGCAAGGACACCCGCCCGUUUAUUUUGGGAUCGUAGACCGAGGAGGAUUAUUAUUCGAACAUGGUGGUGGUAGCAGCAGCGACCGGGGGCGCCCACAAGCUGCUCCUGAUCCCCGGGAAGCAGAGCAGCGGCUCCUCGACAGCGAGCUUCGGCCGGCCCAUUUCGGUCGUCCUGCCGUCCGCCUCUAGCCGGGCGUCGUCGGACUCCGAGUCGAGCAGCUCCGCGGGGCCGCCGGUGCGGAAAAGGCAGCGGCUUACACACUUGAGUCCCGAAGAGAAAGCACUUCGAAGGAAACUGAAGAACAGAGUUGCGGCCCAGACUGCCCGGGACAGGAAAAAGGCCAAAAUGGGGGAACUGGAACAGCAGGUCUUGGAGUUGGAGCUCGAGAACCAGAAACUUCACAUCGAGAACAGGCUGCUCCGGGAAAAGACGAGCGGCUUGCUGAGCGAAAACGAGGAGCUGAAGCAGAGACUUGGGUUGCACACCCUUGACUCCAAAGACGAGGUGCAGGUGUUGGUGUCCGGCGGGAAUGACGCAGGUUUGGGAAUCGGGUCUUCUGAGUCCGCAGCACUCAGGCUACGUGUGUCCGCAGCAGGUGCAGGCCCAGCAGUUCCUAAAUCUGAAGACUUUCCAAUGGAUCCAGAUGGCUCUGACACUGCAGACAAUGAGUCUGAUCUGCUCCUGGGCAUUCUGGACAUCCUCGACCCGGAGCUCUUCCUCAAGACCUGCGAGCAGGAGUGCCAGGAGCCGCAGGUGCUGCUGGCUGGAGGCGGGGACCCAGUACCUGCCGCCACACCUGCGCCUCUGGGGCCCCCACCAGUUAAGCUGGAGGCCCUUAAUGGACUGAUCCAUUUUGACCACCUCUACACGAAGCCGGCGGCGGUGGCCGGCGAGGAGAGCGACGGCGAAGAUGGGAUGGCUUCCUUCCCCGUGGCUGAGGUGGUGGAGGUGGAAGAUGAGCGAGUCUGCGUGAAAGACGAGCCAGAGGAAGUGGUCAUCCCCACCCAGAUGGAUGACUUCCUCUGCACCACCUCCUCGCCCGCCCUCAGCGGCCUGGACAAGGAAGCCUGCCUGGCGGACACCUACAGCGACUCGGGAUACGAAGGCUCCCCCUCCCCCUUUAGCAACAUGUCAUCGCCGCUGUGCUCUGACAGCCCGUGGGACGACAUGUUCGCCAACGAACUCUUUCCCCAACUCAUUAGCGUCUGAACCAACUUGCCAUAUAAAAAAAAUAUAAAUAUAUACAUUCAUUCAUACAUACGUACGUCUGUGUAGCGCCUAGCUAGUCCGUAAGCGUCACCUCCUCGUGUUCUGGCUCAGCAUGCGCUCUCCUUCCUACUACAGCAGGUCUGUAACUGCUAGCGACGCCGCCGUAGCUCAUGAGAGGUGUGAGUUUGCGACAUCACUUUAUUACUGCCGAGGAUUUGAUUGCUCACAAAUGUUUUGUUUGUGCAAUCCAGUAUUUCGGUCAUGUGUGUGGGGGGGGCAUGAUGAUCAUUUAAAUAUGAAGUAUUUAUUUGUAUUCCGCUUCUGGGUCGCUGUAUGGAAACUAUCCUUUGUUGCCCGCUCUCCUUGUCUGAUUUACUGCAUUAAAAAGCUUUUGCAUUGCA